UUUUGUGUGUGAUAGAGAAAAAAGUUCUCAAGUAAUGGGGAUUUUUGAACCGUUUAGAGCCAUAGGAUACAUCACAACCAAUGUCCCUUUCUCCGUUCAGAGACUCGGCACCGAAACCUUCGUCACCGUCAGCGUCGGAAAAGCAUGGCAAAUUUACAACUGCGCCAAGCUCAGUCUGGUACUAGUUGGCCCUCAACUUCCAAAAAAGAUACGAGCUCUUGCUUCUUAUCGCGAGUACACCUUUGCUGCAAAUGGGAGUAGUAUUGCAGUUUUUAAACGUGCCCAUCAGGUGGCGACUUGGAGCAGGCAUGGUGCAAAGGUUAAUCACUUGCUUCUUUUUGGUGCACAUAUCUUAAGUGUUGAUGUUGAAGGCAAUAUAUUCACAUGGGCAUUCAAAGAAAUAGACAAGAGCCUUGCUCCAGUUGGACAUGUUAUGCUUGAGGACAACUUCACCCCUAGUUGCAUAAUGCACCCAGAUACUUACUUGAACAAGGUUAUAGUUGGAAGUCAGGAAGGGUCUCUUCAACUUUGGAAUAUUAGCACAAGGAAAAAACUUUAUGAGUUCAAAGGGUGGAAAUCAUCUAUAAGCUGUUGUGUUUCAUCCCCAGCUUUAGAUGUUGUUGGGAUUGGAUGCGCUGAUGGAAAGAUUCAUGUGCACAACAUUCGCUAUGAUGAAGAGAUAGUGUCCUUUAGUCAUUCUACUCGAGGUGCUGUAACAGCCUUAUCCUUCCGCACUGAUGGGCAGCCCCUUCUAGCUUCUGGAGGUUCUUCUGGGGUCAUAAGCAUAUGGAAUCUUGAGAAGAGAAGACUGCAGUCUAUUAUUAGAGAGGCCCAUGAUUGCUCUAUAACUUCUCUCUACUUCUUUGCUAAUGAGCCUGUACUGAUGAGUUCAUCCAUGGACAAUUCUCUUAAAAUGUGGAUUUUUGAUACAAGCGAUGGGGAUCCUCGUUUGCUGAGGUUUAGAAGUGGGCACAGUGCUCCUCCUUUAUGCAUCAAGUUCUAUGCUAAUGGCAGGCACAUUCUAUCAGCCGGUCAAGAUCGUGCCUUUCGACUUUUUUCUGUGAUCCAGGACCAGCAAAGCAGAGAGUUAUCUCAGCGUCAUGUUUCUAAAAGAGCAAAAAAGCUCAGGUUGAAGGAAGAAGAGAUAAAGCUGAAGCCUGUCAUUGCAUUUGAUGUUGCUGAAAUUAGGCAACGUGAUUGGUGUAAUGUGGUGACAUGCCAUAGAGAUACUGCUCAAGCAUAUGUGUGGAGGCUUCAAAAUUUUGUCCUUGGCGAGCAUAUUCUUACUCCAUGCACCGAAGACCAGACACCAGUUAAGGCAUGUACCAUCAGUGCAUGUGGCAACUUUGCUAUUCUAGGUACUGCUGGUGGGUGGAUUGAGCGAUUUAAUCUACAGUCAGGAAUUAGCCGAGGCAGUUAUCUAGAUGCAUUGGAAGGGAAAGGUGCUGCCCAUGAUGGUGAAGUCAUUGGCCUUGCAUGUGAUUCUACAAAUACUAUAAUGGUAAGUGCUGGAUAUCAUGGGGACAUCAAAGUAUGGGAUUUCAAGGGACGCGAGUUAAAGUCUAGAUGGGAAAUAGGCAAUUCGCUGGUAAAGAUUGUUUAUCACCGUGUAAAUGGGCUGCUGGCUACUGUAGCUGAUGAUCUAGUCAUUCGAUUAUAUGAUGUUAUUGCACUACGAAUGGUUCGUAAAUUUGAAGGUCAUACUGACCGUAUAACUGACAUGUGCUUUAGUGAGGAUGGAAAAUGGCUUUUGACAUCCAGCAUGGAUGGGAGUCUUAGAAUCUGGGAUGUUAUCUUGGCCAGACAGAUAGAUGCCAUGCAGGUUGAUGUGUCUAUAACUGCAUUGUCAUUGUCACCCAAUAUGGAUGUCCUAGCAACAACUCAUGUUGAUCAAAAUGGAGUUUAUCUGUGGGUCAAUCGGGCAAUGUUUUCUGGAUCUGCUAAUUUUGAAUCAUAUGGCAGCAGGAAUGAAAUUUUGAGUGUCAAGUUGCCUUCCGUUGCUCCUGUAGAAGGCUCUCCAGAGAAUGACUCUGAGAAGACCAUUUUAGAUGCUCCUUUGCAAGAUACUUCUCACUCCACAAAAUUAGAUAAACAAAUCCCUGAUCUUGUUACCCUUUCACUUUUGCCCAAGAGUCAGUGGCAAAGCUUGAUUAAUCUGGACAUUAUCAAGGCCAGAAACAAACCAAUUGAGCCUCCCAAAAAACCUGAAAGGGCACCUUUUUUCCUACCUUCUAUUCCAUCUCUUUCUGGUGAGAUAUUAUUUAAAUCUGGUGAAUCUGCUGAUAAAGAGAAGGAUACUCAAGCUGGUGAAGCAUUAAGCAACGGAAAAAAGUCUGAUCUACCACCAUCCCAGUUCUUGCAAUAUCUUCAGUCAUCUGUGGAUGUAGGAAAUUUUUCAGCUUUCACGGAUUACAUCAAAAGCUUAUCUCCUUCAGCUCUGGAUAUGGAACUGAGAAUGCUUCAGGUUAUUGAUGAUGAUGAUCAAGAAAUGGACAAAAGGCCUGAGCUAUACUUUAUUGAACUGCUUUUGGAUUAUUUUGUGCACGAGAUUUCAUGCAGGAAUAAUUUCGAGUUUAUUCAGGCUGUCAUCAGAUUGUUUUUAAAGAUUCAUGGGGAAACAAUUCGGUGCCAGUCAAAGUUACAGGACAAAGCAAGGAAGCUUUUGGAAGUCCAAUCAGCAGUAUGGCAAAGAGUGGAUAAGUUGUUCCAGAGUACUAGGUGCAUGGUGACAUUUUUGAGUAAUUCACAGUUUUGAUUGCUGGAUUAAUGGAUGCCUUCUAUCCUAGAAGCUCAUUCUGUUGCCAAGAGUUCAGUUUUCCAUACCAAACUGUGUUGCAAACUUGUCACUUACACGGUUUGGUACUGAGAUGGAGCUUCGCUUAACUAGUCCACGAUGAGUAUUACGUUUGUUCGCUAUAUGUCUAUGGGUUCUGGGGCCAUAGAUGAAAGGAGGUUAUUUUAUGGGCACUUGCAAGGUUCCAGUUCUCAUUCCGCCCAU